AUGUCUUUCGGAAACUCGAAUGUCACAGACUCAGUCACAUUUUUUAUUAUAGAGGGAAUUCAGGCAAAUAAGUUGCUCAUGUUUGGUAUUUUCUUCACUGUGUAUGUUCUGAUCUUGUGUGGCAACAGCAUGAUCAUAUACCUUGUCAGAACAGACCCUAAACUAAAGUCUCCCAUGUAUUUCUUCCUUCACAAUCUGUCUUUCUCUGACAUGGUGUAUACAAGCGUAACCAUCCCUAACAUGCUGUCAGGUCUUUUGAAGGAAGAGCCCACCAUCUCGCGAACUGGUUGCAUGUUGCAGAUGUACUUUUUUUUGUCUAUGGCCGUGACUGGUCGCUCCAUCCUUACAGUGAUGGCGUACGACCGGUACGUGGCCGUCUGUAACCCACUUCGCUACAACUGCAUCAUGACCAAGAAAUUCUGCAUCCUUCUCGUGGUGGCUGCGUGGGCCUUUGGGUUUGUCAUCGUCCUCCCGGCUGCUUCUCUGGCCGUCCAGCUUCCUUUCUGUGGUCCUAACAGGGUGAUGCAUGUGUUCUGCGACCACUCAUCCGUCGUGAGGUUGGCUUGCGCAAACACCAAAGUAAACAGUAUUAACUCUCUCACAGCUGCCCUGUUUGCCCUCAUUGGGACGUUUUCCCUUAUCCUGACCUCCUAUGUUAAAAUCGGCGUGGCUGUGAAAGACAUGAGCCGGGCAGAGAGGAUGAAGGCUUUUGCCACAUGUGUGUCUCACAUGAUAGUGGUUUGCAUCUCGUAUGUUUCAGCUGCCUGCGUGUACAUCUCCUAUCGCGUUGCCACGUUCUCUCCCGAUGCGCGUAUGAUUGUGGCCGUGCUGUACUCUGCUCUAACGCCUCUCCUGAAUCCCAUCAUAUACAGCCUGAGGAACAAGGAGCUUUGGGAGGCCCUCAAAAGGGCUGUCUGUAAACGCGGUAGAAUGUUGACUUCUCAUACUAAAACCGUUCCUUCUGUAUCCCAACAGUGA